CUUGAAAUCUCAGAUCAAGCCAACGAAAUAAUGACGAUUGACUCGACUCGACUCGAUCCUUGGAGGGCCGUCUAUCCAAAGAAGCCAGCCACACUGUAUUUGUACCAAAUCCAGUUUAAAGCCUUAGAGCUGUUACCGAUACCUGCGGCUUCAAAAGCGAUGCGAUCCUUCGCUUUCUCAAGAGAAAGCGUAAGAGCCAGAGUUGACAUCAAUCAAUCAUGCGCGAUGAUGACACACGAACGGUAGCAUCUCUCGACGAGAAGAAAUGAAGGGAGAGGCAAUUCCAUCCGAUUGGUGUCAAUCGACGCUGACCCUUUCCGACAAAUUGGAUUCUCACAUCCCACAUGGCAUCGUCACUCUUUUUUGGCAUCCCACAGAUCUGACAAAAGACUUCUGCCAUUUGGAUCCAUCCAUCGCAUCAUCCAGUUGAUGGGAAGCCGCAUAAUCUAAUCUUGAGAGGUCACACAGUAGCCAGCAGACAGAAAGAAACACAGUUUCAUAUUAUUUUUCCAGUCAAUCAAACAGAAAAAGUGACCAUGAAGACCCAACCCAUGAAGCAAAGCAAGGCAACUCCCAAAAUUCCUCGUGGGGUCCGAGGCCUCCCUGUGACCACGGGGGCCACUUCUCCCAGAGAAGAGUUGAACGCCCUCCAACAAGAUGUCAACGAGAUUGAACGUUGGUGGGCCGAUGCUGCCAGAUGGAAGCAUACCAAGCGUGUCUACUCGGCCAAGGAUGUGGCUUGCCUUCGUCCUUCUUUGGAUGCUCGUGCCGGAAAACAAAUGGCUCCCAACUGCAGUUUUGCUUCGGGACAGUCUGAAAAACUUUACACUUUGUUGAAGAACCUUUAUGGAGUUGGUGGGUAUUCCCACACCUUUGGAGCCUUGGAUCCUGUCCAGGUCACACAAAUGGCACCCCAUCUCUCAUCCAUUUAUAUUUCGGGAUGGCAGUGCUCCUCCACGGCGUCUACUACCAACGAACCUGGUCCCGAUUUUGCCGACUAUCCCAUGAACACGGUCCCCAACAAGGUGGAUCAGCUUAUCCGUGCCCAGAUGCAUCAUGAUCGCCGUCAGAACCAGGAACGAUCUGGCAAACUCUUGGAAGGCAAGGAUCCUGGUAGAAAAGUGGAUUAUCUGGUCCCCAUCGUGGCCGAUGGAGAUACCGGUCACGGUGGCCUCAGUGCUGUCAUGAAGCUUACCAAGCUUUUUAUCGAAGCUGGUGCUGCUGGCAUUCACUUUGAGGAUCAGAAGCCAGGAACCAAAAAAUGCGGACACAUGGGUGGAAAGGUCUUGGUCAGUACCCAGGAACAUAUUGACCGUCUUGUGGCUGCCAGGCUUGCUGCUGAUAUCCUUGGAGCCAACACGGUAAUUGUGGCUCGAACUGAUGCCGAGGCGGCGACUCUCUUGGACUCCAACAUGGAUGGACGCGAUCAUCCAUUCAUCCUCGGUGUCACCACACCUGGCAUGACUUCGUUGCAAGAAGCAGUCGCCAACGGAGGUGAUUCCAAGGCGUGGACUGCCAGGGCCAAGUUGAUGACCUUUGGACAAGCUGUCCUGGCCAAGAUUGACUCACUUCCGGUGCCAUACUCCCAGAAGAAGGGGAUGCAAGCUCGCUGGAUGGCAGCUGACCCAAAUACCCUCAGCAAUGCUGCUGCCAGGCGAGUUGCUGACUCUAUCUUUGGGCAAAAGAACUCGAUCUACUUUGAUUGGGAGCUUUGCCGUGUCCGAGAAGGAUACUACCAGCUCAGCGCAGGCAUUGACUAUUGCAUUCAGCGUGCUCGGGCCUACGCCCCUUAUGCUGAUCUUAUUUGGAUGGAAACCAAGAUCCCUGGGAUCCCUGACGCCAAGAAGUUUGCUGAUGGAGUGCACAAGAUGCACCCCCAUCAGAUGCUCGCCUACAAUCUGAGUCCAAGUUUCAACUGGGACGCUUCGGGAAUGACAGACGCUCAGAUUGCCAGGUUCAACGACGACCUUGGACGCCUCGGAUAUGUCUGGCAAUUCAUCACUCUGGCUGGUUUCCACAGCAAUGGACUCAUCGUCACUGAGCUUGCUCGCGACUUUGGGGAUCGUGGAAUGAUUGCUUUUGUGGAAAACAUUCAACGAAAGGAACGUGAACAAGAAGUAGAGCUUCUCACGCAUCAAAAGUGGUCUGGUGCAGAACUCGUCGAUCAAAUGGUCACGGUUGCUUCUGGUGGCGUCUCGUCUACUGCCGCCAUGGGUGCAGGUGUCACCGAGGCCCAGUUUUGAGAGGCAAGAAGGUGAAGGAUCACCACUCGACGUACCGUAGUUUUGCAUAGAGUUGAUAGCAUGGUUAUUCCCCGAGGAUAGGUCUAGAAUAAACUUUCAAAGACACAGUUGGAAGCC